AUGAUGAAGAAAAUUUGGGAUGAGUUGUCACAAUCAAUCAAAUAAGUUUACGAUUGGAUUGAAAAGGAGAACUAAUCAUACUUUAACAUCAUCAACGAAAAUACUAAUCUAGCUGAAUCCUCUUACACAGACUUGGAAAAAUUAGUAAAUAUUGUAGAAGGAUCAAAUUUAAAUAAUUGGAAUGCUUAGAAAAUUCUUUAUUGAAGGAGUUGGAUUAGACCAAGAGUUGAUGAGACCAGCUUAUUAAGGCUUUUGUUGAAAAGCCAAAGGAAGGAAUCCGAUAGAUUCAAUAAUCAAUUGAGUAAGUAUUUAAAUCAUAUCUCUAGGAAAGAAGAAGUUUACUAAAUGAAAGAAGAUCUUUUUGAAAUACUAACUUACAUCCAGGAUAUAGAUGAAUCUCUCUAUUAAAAGAUUCUUGAAAUACUUAGAAGAGAGAAAGUUUUAGAUGUCCUUAAAUUCCUUUCGAAUAAAAACAAUCAAAACUUUUAUGAAUCUUUAAGCAACAAGCAAUAGAAUAUCAAAGAUGUAAAGAAGUAAAUAAUGAAAAUAACUAAUGUUUUGAGGAAUAUUUAGGAUCAUAAAUUUAAUAAAUAUGACUAUUCUUAAGAGACAAAUGAAAAAGAAAGACUAAAUCUAAUUAAUAGGAUGAAGAAUAAUAAGGGAAUCAUAGAUUUUAUCAGGUUUUUAGUUCUCCUCACAAGCAUAGACGGUAAAUUUAUUUAAAGUGGAUCUAAUGGAUUGAAUUUAUGUGUAGGAAUGAAGGUAGAUAUUCGGAACAAAUCCUUUGAGAAUAUCAGAAUCAAGAAUACUUCUUUAAUUGGAGGAAAUUUUGUAAGAUGUAACUUAAGUGGAUCUGAGUUUGAGAAUGUGGAUAUCAGUGGAGUCAAUUUUAUGGUGCUUAACUAUUCAAUUGCAAAUGGAAGAACUUGA